CUGCCAGGUUGGGUCUUCUGCUCCUUCGUCCCCCUUUCCGUAAUUCCUUCAAAUUAAUUAUUUGUUUCCUAGUACUUUUUCUUGUCUUGAAAAUAUGUAUAAUGGAAAACUGGAGAUUGCUACAGUGACAGUUGAACAGGAAAUGGAAAGGGGAGGAUCACCCUCCACCGCCUUAUGGUUCUUGGCUGAUAUUUUUGGAUUCAGGGCGGCGGCAGUACCUAUAUAUAUGUAUAUAUGCAACACCACCACCACUCAUCGACCAUUUUUCACCAAUUAUACACUCCACAAAAAUCCCACCGGGAUUUUCUCUCUAAUCUGCUCCAAAAUCCCAAGAAACCAAUUCAAGAACAUAUUUUGAUAAUGGAUCAUGAAGAUUAUAAAAGCCUAUUUUCUUACUCUUAUUCUUCUGCGGAGUGUGAUAUUUCUACACCGCCUAAUACGAUGCCAAUUUCUUCAUCAAAAUCCUUCCCUUUGCCUUUAUCAGUGGUACCUCCAUUUCCUAAACAACCAGAGCCCCUACCUUUAUCAAACUUUGAUUCUUUUCCACCCCAGUUUGAAUUCAAAGGCGCCCCUCCAACUGGAGAAACUGCAGCUCCGAGUACUGUAGGAGUUUCUGGGGAUUCAUUCGGUAUGCCACAGCCUAUGGAGUGCUUGCAUGAGACCCCAAUUCCUCCUUUCUUGUCCAAGACUUUCGAUUUGGUGGAUGAUCCUCCAUUGGAUUCUAUAAUUUCUUGGGGGGCAAAGGGUGACAGCUUCGUUGUGUGGGAUCCUGUGGAAUUUGCAAGGAUUAUUUUGCCAAGGAAUUUCAAGCACAACAAUUUUUCAAGUUUUGUUCGGCAACUUAAUACAUAUGGAUUUCAUAAAAUUGAUACUGACAAGUGGGAAUUCGCCAAAGAAGGAUUUAUAAGAGGGAAGAGACAUUUAUUGAAAACGAUCCAGAGACGAAGAACACCACAAUCUCUGCAGAAUGGAAGCUCGUCUGGAUCAUCUAGUGAGGCAGGGAAAGCUGCAUUGGAAGGUGAAUUGGAUCAUUUAAGAAAGGAGAAAAGCUCAAUGAUGCAGGUAGUGGUUGAAAUGCAGCAUCAGCUGCAGGAUACAUUUCAGCAUAUGGAAACUGUUAAUGAUAAGAUCCAGGAAGCAGAGACAAGGCAGAAGCAAAUGGUUUCGUUCUUGGCUAAAAUGAUCUGGAAUCCAGCCUUUCUAGCUCGUAUUCAGCAAAAGGAGCAAAAGCACAUAACUACGCCAAGAAGAAAAUUUUUAAAACGUCAACAUGAAUCAGGUACUGAGGGGAAGAUUGUUAAGUAUAAACCCGAACUAAGAGAUUUUGCUGUAGCUUCUGAACCUUUGGAGUUUAAUCCCAAUACAGUCAAACAAUUUCCUGAUUAUCCUUUGCAAAAUACGGGAGAAAACCUUGCUUUUGGUAGAGAGAAUGUCCCUCUUCAGGUUGAGAACACAGAUUGUGGUGAAUUGGCGCAGGUAACCCCGGAACAGGCAGGAGUUUCAAGUCUGAACACUCUAAAUCAAUUUAAAAUAGGAAAGAAUGUAAUGAAUCCCGAGCAACAAGACACUCCUGAAUAUGUCUACUCUUUCCCUGAGGACUUGGCUAGGGAGAAGAAUUAUCUCGAAAUAUCGUCGCCGGAAGUUGAAAGUAUGGUCAAAGAAGAGGUUGAGUGGAACUUAGGUUUUGAAGCUAAUGCUGGUAUGUCUAGUUCUACAAACGAGUUAUGGGGUAAUCUUAGCAAUUAUGAGGUGCCGGGAUUAGGUGUUAGCAGUGACAUAUCUGAUGUUUGGGAUAUAGGUUCCCCACAGCCCUGGGGAAUGUCAGGCAUUGAGACGUGGCCAGACGAAGACUUACCCCUUAAAUGAGCUAGAGAACCGAGCUGGCCAGCCUAGAUAUUAUAGUUACUGCGUUUAAUACACUUUGGAUUGGUUUUCUUUAUGCUGAUGAACAGUGCAUCAUUUAUAUAAUAUAGAUAUUAAUUUGUUAUUCCUUUA